AUGCUUGCAAUCAACUCUGAUCCUCUAUUGAAGUUUUCAAUUUUUCCUGAUUCAGAAAACUUAUAUUUGAAACAUUUACAUGAAAUUGUAAUCUCAUUUAUAUUUUACAAUCUAUUAGCCAGUUACGUGGCUCCAAAAUUAAACUCUUUGAUAUUCAAGAGAAGUUACAACGAUAUAAAAAAUAAAAAGAGCAAGAUUGACUUCGAUAUUCAUACAGUAUCCAUGUUUCAAGCGUUUAUUUCUCUUUACAUUCUCUAUCCAACAUUAUUUCUUCCAGUCAAUCUAGAUAUUACCAGUUACCACGAUGAUUUAUCUUCUAUGGUUGCAGCAUUGAGUAUCGGAUAUUUCUUAUGGGAUCUUUCCAUUUGUAUCAAACACUUCAGCCUGUAUGGUAUCGAAUUUACUGCACAUGCCCUGGCUUCACUGUAUAUUAUGUUCGUCACAUUGAAGCCAUUGUGCCAACAUUGGAUUGGAAAAUUCUUGUUAUUUGAAGCUAGUACACCAUUUGUUAACAUCAACUGGUAUAUCAUUCAACUGAAUGGGUCAAACAAGAAUAAAGUACCUAUGCUAAUCAAUGUUAUUAAUGGACUUUGCUUAAUGGCGGUUUUCUUCCUAGUACGUCUCUGCUGGGGUUGCAUUGCCAAUGUUUUAUUCUUUAAGCAAAUUUGGGAAGCUAGAUCAGAAAUACCAACUAUUAGAUCAUUAAUCUUAGUUGGGUUAAACAUUACUCUUUUUGCAUUGAACUUUAUAUGGUUUUCAAAGAUGAUCAAGAUUGCCAAAAAAUUGGCAGGCAAAUCAUCAGUCAAGAAAGCCUAA